AUGCCCAACCUAGAUGGAUCGCAAGCCUCGGCUGCCCACACGUCCAAGCGGGGGACAGUGCGACGAUGCAAGAGCGUAGAUCAGAUACUUGAGCUAGCUGCCAGGUCGUGUGUCAGAAGGAGAGGAGUAAGAGCACCCUUGAGGGGCUAG